CAAUGCCGUCAACCUUCCCUCCCAUUCGUCAUACACAUCCACCGAGAUAUCACACUCAUCACAUGCGUAGCAAAACCACAAGAUUUAUUAUCCCAGAAAGCAGGCAGCUUUAGAGUGGGGGGGGACCGAUCAACCCAAAAUAUACUGCUCCACAACCCCAAACAUCGUCGCCGGCGGAUUAUGCACGCAUCGGAUUCGGCGGCGGCAGAUACCAGGGCACGGCGAACAUGGGCAACAACUCGAGCAGGGUGACGGCCCAGGACAAAGCAAUCCUAGACCUCAAACUCCAGCGCGACAAGCUCCACCAAUACCAACGGCGCAUCACAGUCCUCACCGACAAAGAAACGGCCGUAGCGCGGCAAAUGCUCGCCGCAGGCGAUAAGAAGCGCGCCCUCCUGGCCUUACGUCGAAAAAAGUACCAAGAAUCGCUUCUCGAGAAGACCGACGCACAACUAGCGCAGCUCGAGCAACUCACGCGAUCAGUUGAAUUCGCGCUGAUACAAAAAGAUGUCAUAUUCGGGCUACAACAGGGCACGCGGGUGCUGCGCGAUAUCCACGCCGAGAUGGGCGGGAUCGAACAUGUAGAGAAGUUGAUGGGUGAGACGGCGGAUGCUAUUGCUUAUCAAAAGGAAGUCAGCGAUAUGCUAGGCGGUCGAAUAACAAACCAAGACGAGGACGAAGUCGAAGACGAACUAGCGGCCCUCGAACUCGAAGUCAACGGCCCUGCCGUACUACCCAACGCACCUGAUACCAAACUACCCCAAGCGGUUGUCAAAGAGCAACAACCCGAAAUACAUGAAGAGGAAGAAGAGCUAGAACCACAACCAGAGAGGAGGGCUGUGCUUGCCUCGUAGUAUACGACAUAAAUAACAGGGCACAGGCAGACGGACGGCCAUUUAGUAAUCAGCAUUGCUUGUAUAAUUGGUGUUAGAAUCAUUUUAGUCUUGGAGAUAUUAGGCGUAUGGUGGGAUUCCAGUCCCUUUUGAAGCAAAGGUUAUUAUGAUAGAUCCCUCUUGUUGAUUGGUUGGACAUCUUGUAACGGGGAUGGAUAUAGACAGUGUUUGGACGAGGAUACUCCACUGGCUCAUGUCAACGAAUAGACAAUAGAAUUCAACUGUUUCUCAUGGCUCGA